AUGUCCCUCGGUACUAUCAAAGACAAAUGGGAUUCUACAGAAGUCAACUGCACUAGAAAUGUAAGGGCUCUCCCCGGCGGGCCGCCGGCCGGGAGGCUCAUCGACGACAUCCUCGUGGAGAUCCUCUCGCGCGUCCCCGCCAAGGAGCUCUGCCGCUGCAAGUGCGUCUCGAGGCACUGGUUCGGCCUCAUCCACCACCCCGACCACCGCAAGCGGCUCCCCCAAACCCUGGCCGGCUUCUUCUACGGCAGCAGCACCGGCACCACCGCGCAGCGGCUCCUGGAGCUGCCCUUCCGCUUCACCAGCGUCUCGGGGGACCGCCGCCUUCCAUUCGGCACCAAAUUAAGCUUCCUGCCCAACCACCACCUGCCCGUCGAUCUGCUCGACUCCUGCAACGGCCUCCUCCUCUGCCGAUGCUACCACGUCUCCGGCGGGGUUGGCGCGUUCCAUUAUGUCGUGUGCAAUCCCGCCACCAAGAAGUGGGUCGUGUUGCCCAACUCCUGCAAGGACAGCAGCGAGGUGGCCACCACAUCUCUGGGCUUCGACCCGGCUCUAUCGCCGCAUUUCCAUGUGUUUGAGCUGGUAGUUGAGCACAAUUAUAGUCAGGACACUGAGCUUUCGGGAGUGGCAGUGUAUUCGUCUGAAACCGGAGAAUGGAUUCAUAAGGAGAAGAGAUGGAACAGAGCUACUCGGCACUCCUCCGCAACAGUCUUUCUCGACGGCCUUCUGUUCUUUCGUGCCCUUGACCUUGAAUAUCACGAUUGUGUAGUUGCGGUGGACACAAAGGGAGAAACCUGGAUGAAAUUCAGGGUCCCUGGUGGUCAGGUUGAUGAUUUUGGUCCGGCCGAUGGUUUUGUUCACCAGAUGUUAUUCAGGGUUCCUGGUGGUCAGGCUGAUGAUUUUGGUCUGGCUCAUGGUUUUAUUCAGCGGUCACAGGGAUGCUUGCAUUUUGCCAAUUUUCAGAGGGAUGAAGAUGGUGUUGGCAUUCGAUUGGUAGUUUAUGUUCUGAAAAAUUAUGAAAGCGAAGAAUGGAUAGUGAAGCAUAGCAUUAAAACUUCAGACAUAUGUGGAUGGACAGACUUAUGGCUUGAUGCGGAUUUUGAUUUCAUUGCGAUUCAUCCAGAAUGCAAUUCGUUGUUCUUCAUUGCGGGGGGUGUCACAUUAAUGUGCUAUAAUAUGGAUAAUCGGCAGGUCAAAGUGAUCUCCUAUCUUGGAGGUGCCAAGCCGCUAUUUCUGCCCUAUGUGCCGUUGUACACCGAGUCACUCUCAUUGCACUGCUAA